GUAACCUUCAGGAGGCGGUUCUUCGAAGGACUUUCGGAAUCCACAUUUUUCCCUAUUCUAUAAAGCUUACAAAUACUGACUCCUGAAACUGUAUCUGGGAAUAGUUUACUCAAUGAUGGUAGUAGGAGACAUGCAUAUGUUUUGUUAUAAGCUUUUUUUGAAUAUCGAUUGUAGUAAAAUUACAAUUUAAGGAUAACUGAGAGUAUUUUGCGUUACCCACUUGUUCUUUUCUGUUUAGGACUUGGGAUCACCCUCUGCAAAUGUUACAUCUGAAUGCGCUACUUUUCAUUCCAGAUUAAGUAGCUUUCGGCGAAACACCCUUAAAUUGGUGAAAGUGUUAAUAGAAAUAAUAUUUCGAAAAUACUGGGAGUAAAGGAAAAAGUUGAUAACUGAAUGAACUCGUUUUAUUAUAGGUGUGUUGCUGAUAGAAAUUUACUGACUAUCUACACCAUGAAAGAUUGUUUCUUCAAUAAGAACCAAUAAGAGAAAUCCGAAAUAAUUCUGCUGUUCUCAUGGUUCUAGGGUUAUCGAAGUGAAGAGCACGGGAGACCUUUUAAGAACACUUUUCCAGUUCUAUAGAGUUCACCUAUUUUCGAAACUUGCACCUAAAAUCCAUGCAGCAAAAAGGUUAAGCAACUAUCAAGACUGGCCUUUUCGAAUCCGUCCUUCUAGAUGUGGAUCGAAGCUAUUAUCGUUGUUUAUAGGAAAGAACGUAGUAAGACUCAAGACCUGAGUAUAGAUGAAAAGAUUUAGAAGAAGUUCACUCUUAAUCCAGUUUGUAUACAGAACAAAUCAGUGAGUCUCUGUCCCUAUUUCCUUCCCAAGUACUUUGGGAAAUUCACUCUGAUUCACCGAAUAAUAAACAUCCUGGAUACUAAACAUCAUGAAUGCAACUGUUAAAAGACCGCUUGGGUUAUUGAUCUUAUUGUUUUGGAGUUACUUCUUCACUUCGCUAGCUCGGAGAGCCAUACAGAAUAUAUAUCCUAUAAUUCCAGUAGAAUAUAAAGGAACUAAAUCAAAUACUCAUUUAGGUUCCAUAAUUACUGCUCAAACAUUGGGUUAUACAGUUACCAAAUUAAUUGGUGGGAUUCUUAUGGAUCACUUAAAUCCACUUCGAAUUUUUGUUUACUCUCUGAUUUCAGCCUCAGGUUCACUGUUUCUUCUAUCAGUCUCAUCUCAUCAAAUAGUUUGGUUAGUAUCCUAUGGAUUAAUCGGCUUAGCACUUGGUUCUAGUUGGCCAGCCAUAUCAAAGACACUUCGUACCUCUGUGGCUUCUCAUGAAUUAGCCACUUGGUGGGGAUUAAUAUCAUCGUCUUCUAACCUAGCUGGUUGUAUGGGUUCUUGGAUAUCUAUCGUUAUUUCUUCGUAUGCAACAAUAUUUCUCGGUGAUUUAGCAUGGAGAGCUCCGUUCAUUUUUGUUGGAGCAUGUUGCAUAAUAUCAGCUUUACUUCUCAAUGUUUAUCUGCGUUCGCGAACCGUUGAUACGCUAAAUAAAAUCGACUCUAAGAAUAUACCAACUAAAUAUUUUAGUCCUUCUAGAGUAACAUUAUCUAACCAAUUAUUUGGGAAGCGUCUCAACUCAGAUGUAAAACACAAAGGCUGUGAUGAUACUUGUCAAAGUUUAAUGUCCACUUCAAAAUUGGGUCAAAACAGUUAUGAUACAAGUAAUCAAGAAAAGUGUUGUAAUGAAAAAACUAGCCGAUUAUCGAACAACUGUCAAGAUAAAGAUUUUACUGAAAAUCACGAUAAUGGCGUGACAAUUCAACCCGUUAAAGUGAAUAUUACUAAUCAAAUAUCAAAAUUGUUUCGUAUUUUAAGUCCAAGACAACGUUUAUUGUUGGGUACCUCCGCUAGUGUUCACAUGUGCAGUACAUUUUUACGUUAUGCAAUAGGCGAUUGGAUUGCAAUUAUGCUUUUGAAUAAUAAACAUGGUUACUCACAAAGUACCGCUUAUUUAGUUGCCAGUAGUUACGAAUUCGGUGGAAUAUUUGGGUCUAUGUUCGUUGGAAUAGUAGCUGAUUUGAAUGUGUUUUCUAGAGUAUUUUCAUGGCCUAGUCGUCGGAUUCCAUUAAUAAUUAUACAAAUGUUAAUUGCUAGUGGUACAUUAUGUUGUCUAAGUUGGAUUACCAAUCAUAAUGCUUCUUUAACUAUACUCCUCAUUAUCAGCUUGGUACUUGGUAUUACUGUUAUCGGGACAAUUGCUUUAUGUGGUGUUUUAGCUGUUGAACUUGCUCCACCUGCUUUUAGCGGUACUGCACAUGCGUUGAGUGCUUUGAUUGCGAAUUUUGGGGCUAUAUUGGCUGGUUACCCAUUUGCUGUGUUGGCUGAACAUAUCAACUGGUCUGGUGCCUUUCUUGUAGCUGGGAUAGUAUGCGGACUUUCAGUUAUUCCACUUUCAUGUUUUUGAGAUUUCCAACUCAUAUGUUCUUUUAUUAAUGUAGAUUAUUUUACAAUUGUUUUUAGAUGAUGUGCACUUUUUUUCAUUUUUAACAUUUCUUGGUAUUUCACGUUGAAUAUCAGAUGAAUUCAAACUUUCGUGGUUGUGGAAUUUCCUGUUUCUACACCAAUUUUGCAUUUCAUGAAGUUACAAAUCCAUACUAUUGCUCCGAAUUAUAUUUUUUGCCAAUGGGAGUGUUUACACUUUAUUUUCACUCAAAUUCAAAUAAACAAUGUCUCUAA